CCGCAUUACCGAAACUCCCGAUAAAGGAAUUGACACUGAAGCGAUCCCAGCUCGCCCAGCUGACUUCUCAUUUAUUUGGGUGUGUUCUCGCAGAAGCUACGCGAGUGGAUACCGGCGAUUUUCUCUGCAGUUUCCGUUGCGGUGAUCUGACAGCGGCUUUAUCGUAGUGGAGUUUUAAAGACAUCAGUGAAAAUGGCGAGGAUUCCUGUCGCUUUUGCGACAACUUUCUGUAUUUUAUUAGCAGUUAUAGAGAGAACAUUGUGUUUUAAUUUUGAAACAAGACUGCCUGUCAUUAAAGAAGGACCGGGGGAAAGUUAUUUUGGAUUUUCAGUCGCUGAACAUAUUCUCACAGACACUCAACCGGCGCAACCAUUUGCAGAGAGCUUAUUAAUAGUUGGCGCUCCUGUCUACCAAACCAAUAUCAGCGCCACCAAACCAGGGGGCGUGUUCAAAUGUCCAUUCACUUCUAGUUAUUCUGAUUGUGAGGUAUUAGAGCUUGAUACAGAAGGUAAUACUGAUGUGGACAUAAAAGACAACCAAUGGCUAGGUGUAUCUGUUGUCAGUCAAGGUCCUGGUCGACCAGUGGCAGCAUGUGCCCACAGGCAUAUAUACCGACCCCCUAGUGUAGAUGAGUACCGGGGCCUUGGAAAGUGCUACUUCAUGAAAGCAAACCUGGAAAAGGACAUAUUUGUCAAGAAUGGAUACCAACCCUGCAUCAGCCAGACUCGCCCCAACAACUAUGACGGCAUCCUCUACAAGUACUGCCAGGCUGGCACCGAUCUAGAUGUCACAAGGCAUUUUAGCACUGAUGCUAACAGUGCUUCGGAGUAUAUCAUGGGUGUUCCUGGAUCAGACAAUUGGCUUGGUGGCAUUGCUCUUGCUAAUGUGCCAGAUUCUAUCCGGUCAAUUAAUCUCAUCACACCGCUUGAUUAUGCAAACAACAGGGUUGGAUUCAACAGUUACCUAGGGUUCUCCGUCGCGUCUGCAAAGCUCAUGAGUGGCAACGCUCAGACGUACAUCGCUGGAGCACCGAGGUCCGAAUCCAUGGGCGCCGUGCUCACACUGAAGUCUGAAUCGGGUCAGAGCCCCAGCCCCAUAUACCGUAUCGAUGCAGAGAAGCCGUCCUCAUCGUUUGGUUAUGACGUGGCUGCUGCCGAUCUGAAUGGGGAUGGCUAUGAUGACCUCAUCAUCGGAGCACCUCAGUACUUUUACCGCGACCCAAGCAACAUAUAUGGCGGAAAGGGAGGAUGUGUUUACAUUUACCUCAACAAGGCUCACGAUGGUACAUUUGAUAAUGUCGAACCAAUCAAAUUGUAUGGACCGAUUGAUUCUCUUUUUGGACAAGUCAUUGCAAAUAUCGGAGAUAUAAACCUUGAUGGCUUUGAAGACAUUGCCAUCGGUGCACCCUAUGAGAACAACGGUCAAGGCGCGGUCUACAUCUACCUUGGUCACAGCCAAGAUGGCAUCAGACAACCGGCCGCUCAGAAGAUUACCCCCUCUGAUCUACCAAUGGGGGUCAACGGUUACCCCUACCCCAACGCAUCCUUUGGGUACUCCAUCUCGGGUGGGGUCGAUCUGGAUGGGAACGGGUUCCCAGAGAUCACCAUUGGUGCCUAUGAGGUCCAGCAGAUCGCCGUUCUUAGAGGGCGUCCUGUGAUCAACAUUGAAGCUUCACUCACCCUGAGUAUGACUGAGAUAGACCCCAAUAGCACUAACUGUGUAUACUCCAACAGGGAUUCCAUAUGCUUUCAAGUAGAGCUGUGCAUGUCCUACUAUUGCCUUGCACCAGAAUUCAAUGAUCCCAUUACCAUAAACUUCGACAUUGAGGCGGAAGGACUCCGACGCAGUAAGGUUCUAAACUCUCGGGUGGUAUUCGAGGACAGCGGAAUUCAUUCUCUGACCAAGCAGACACUCGUUAUUACAAACGACGAUGAGGCAUGCACUCCAAACUACAAUGUCGUUCUGAAGCCCGGCUACACCGACAUCUUCCGCCCAAUCCCAAUCAACCUGACAUACUACAUUCCUGAAGAAGAAGCCAACAUGCCGCAGCCCGGUGAGCCCCUCCCCAGCAUGACCCCCUUUCCUAUUCUUCAGGAAAACACCCAAACAGUACUGAUAGAGGAGGUUCAUUUCAGCAAAGAGUGUGCAAAGGAUGAUGGGAAGUGUAUCACUGAUCUCGAUGUCAGUGCUUCAAUAGAUGUUACAGGUACUCCACCAGUACUAAGAGUUGGCCAGCAGCUGGAGAUCUCCAUGAGCGUGAACAUCGCCAACCGGGAAGAGGAUGCCUACGAUGCACGGCUUGUCAUCACCUACCCAUCCUACCUUGGAUUUAUAUCCCUCUCAUCCGAUUCACCGGCAAUCACAGCAGCUUGCAACGCAGAGCCAUUUGAAGAAGGAGCUAAUGAAACCAGUAUCAUCUGUGAGCUUGGAAAUCCGUAUUCAGCUGGUACAAUGGACUCAUUUGUUGUUCUUUAUGAUGCUUCUACUGUACCUCCUGAUGCUGAGGAAUUCAACAUCACCCUUGUAGCAUCCUCAAUGGUUGAUGAUACUGCUGAGGAUUCAAAUCCUGAUAACAACAUUAAACGCUUCACCAUUGAAGUCGAGAGUAUCACCGACAUCCUCAUCAGUGGUAAAGGACCAGAGCAACUUUACAUCAGCGGUCAGGUGAUCGGAGAAAGUGCAAUGACCUACUUUGAAGACAUCGGAUUGGCUGUCAAUCAGGAAUGGACGAUAUUCAACGAAGGCCCUGGAGCCGUUAACACUGCCAGAGUGACGAUAGACUUCCCCUAUGAGGUAGCCAAUGGGAAGUGGCUACUCUACCUGACUGAGAUGCCAUUUGUUAAAGAUAACAAGGGAUCCUGCAACGUCACACCCGCAGUCUAUGUCAAUGAACUGGGACUGAGACCCAAGAAUGGAGGCGUUGCUUACACUCCAGUAGGGCCAGAUUCAGGAGCAGCAGAAGUACCGCAGUCAAGGAAGAGAAGACAAGCCGAAGCUGAAGCCGUCAGUUCAGGUGGAGAAACAACAACGGCAAGGAAGGACAUUACACUGGACUGUACACAAGGCAAUGCCCAGUGCUUGACCAUCUACUGUGAUCUUGACCCUCUGACCAAAGAACCCGAUAUGAACCAGGUGGUCAUCAUCGUCCGCUCAAGAAUCUGGAACAGUACUUUCCUAGAGGAUUACAGCAAUGCUCGGGUGAAGAUCAUUACCGAGGGUUACAUAGAGAUUGAGAGCGCCCCCUAUAUUACACAGAAGAGAGAGGACAAUGACAGAUUUAAGCUUUCGCUAACAGUUACGCCGGACAUCAAGACUCUGCCGCCCUCUCAGCCUCUCCAGUGGUGGAUUAUCGCCCUUGCCGUUAUCGGUGGCCUCAUCCUUCUCAUCCUCCUUAUCAUCCUCCUAUGGAAGUGCGGAUUUUUCGCGCGACCCGGAACGAACGGAGGUGGACCAUGUGGAUUCUUCGAGCGCAAGACUGGAUACAAGUACGCAACGGUUACGCAGCAACAAGCCUCGGGCAAGGCCAAAACCGAGAAGACUGCAUACUACGACGACAUGUAUUAUUAAUGCUCAAGAAACAAUACAUUUGUCAUGUAGUCCUUUAGGGAACAGAUCAUGUGGCAAUUUGCAAUAUGUUCAUUCUAUCAUAAAAUCAUAUCUUGCAAAGCCUUAUCGAUUAGGUGCUAAAAGAGAGAGAGAGGGAGAGAGAUAUCUAUGGAUGGAAAAAGAUAUUGAAUUUUGUCUUCAUGUUGUACAGAUAAAUAAAAAAGUUGGCUCUCUUGUUUAACUCCAAGAUGAGAUUUAGCUGUCUGAUACCUUUCAAUUGUCUGUUUGAAAACAGAUGUAAAAACAGGCUUGUAGGAUAUACAAUCGCUUUAGAAAUCUGUUUAGAUAUUACUAGAUAUGAAAUGUAACUACAGCAAAAGAUGAAUCAUGAAAGGUAAAGAAUGCUAUCGGGCAAAUUCAUAAAAUAAUCAUAAUUUUUGUAUGUCCGACCACCAUUUUACUACACUUUUACCCCACUUUACAAACUGCUCAAGCCAGGAUGUUAAAGCAUUACAGCUUUUCAUGUAAAAAGCAGAGACAAUUGUUUUGGGAAGGUUCGACAUUAAGAGGUUCGGACGUACAUAUUAUAUGGAGUUGCCCUAUUGAAUAAUUGGGCUUGCCAGAAUGUUUGGGCUUGCCACACAUCACCUUGUUGUAAAAAGUGUUUCUGUGAUUUCAUGAGUUAGGGCUAGCCAGUUUACAAAUAUUAGAAUAAUGAGUUCGUUAACGGUAGUAUCAGGUCUUUGAUAUCAGUGGAAUGAAUGUCCAUGUAGAAUUAAAAGAUAAAACAAAUUUUACAAUUAAACUCAUACAGAUUGUGCAGAUAUUGGUCACAAAUUAGCUUUAUUUAUAUUGUAACAAAACAUUUUAAUAUGUAAUAAAAAAAGAAGAUAUUCAAAAUAAAAAAAUCUGCACAUCCGCAAAGUACCAGUACCCAUUUUUCUUUUUUGUGAUCUCAAAUUACUGAUACUACCUUCAAAAUGUGAAUUUUAGUAUGAAUGAGAGUACAUUAUCAUGUCAAUCAGGUAGUUGCGGGCUGUCUUUUUCUUUGAAGAUUUUGGUAUCUGUAUUUAUUUUGGCAUUUUUGUUGAUUUCUUUUCUUCUUGAUCUCAGAAAAAAAUAAUUUAGAGAACAAUUGAUUCUCUUUGAAGAAAAUAUUCAAAAAAUGAAAUAAUUUUAUAGAAAUUGUAAAUAUUAGAUAAUCUAAAGAUUGUUUUUCAAGCAUGGAUAUUAUUAUUGCUGUUUUAUAAUUACCUUUUAGUUUUAAUUACUCUGACAACUCUUUACUCUUUAGACCUUUCAGAAAAUCAAUGUAAAUAUUAAGCAAAAAUGCUUCUGCAUCGUAAUAUCAAAGUAAAAAAAGGAACAUUUAAACUUUUUGGAUUUUCUUCGCCAUUGUACGCUUUCUCCCCCCGACAACUUCAGUACUGUCAUUAAACUUUAAUCACCAUUGUAGCGUGCAUAGCUCCACGCCUAAGCAUUUAGGUAGGGCCAACAUGCACAAACGUUGAAGGUGGAUCCCACUUUUCAGUUUGAAUUGUUGGAGGUCUAACAUCUCUUCUAAUAAAGGAAAAAUGAAACUAAGUGAUGCAUUAUUGCAGUUUCAUAACAGAAAUCUUUUUCUGCUUGUCUGUGAUUGUAAAUGUUAGAUCUCAAACAUAAAGUUGGUGCUAUUACUUAUGGAAAAACACAUUGCUUUUGCAUUUGUUAUUAUUAUUUGCUGUAGAUGUGCUUCUAUUUGUAAAGUGUACGACAGCUUUUAAGGAAAAUACUAUUUGACAUGUUUUAGAGUAUUGUAUUUUCUUUUUCUGCCAUAAUUGAGGAAUAUUUGCUAAUUAAAAAUAUGUUUAAAUGUUUGUAACUAAAAACUUUUCAUUGGUGGAAAAAAAACUUUCUUGGAAUUGGAAUGUAAUCUUGAUUUGGCCUAGAUACUCUUUCACAGAUUUAGCAAUAUUCCUUUGAGUACAGAAUUGAUCAUAGCUUGCCUUUUAUAUGUUACCCUUUUUAUCUCUCCAUCAUGUUGAUUU